AUGGCGCCCUCACACUCGUUUAUGUUGUUUUUGUCUGUCAUUUGUACCCACCUGUGUUCACUCGUUGUUGCCGUCCCGUGGGUUGUCACGGAUUACUAUGAACAGGCUGUCGUCACGGAAGCCUAUUACUACGGUAGUGAGGUUAUAACUACGAUCCAGGAAGUUUCUCCGACGGCCACUUCCUUGCCCGAGGCAGUCUCGACUAUCACCUCCAUCGGCACCGGAUACUAUGGAGGAGAUGCUACCGUCAUCCAGAAGCUGUAUCCCACCGGCGUAGGAGAGUCUCUCGAUGACUACGAUCGUUACCCCUACUACCGCGAUAAUUCCCAUUACACCAUCUUCAAGGUCUAUCUGACCUACUCAGCGCCGACGGGCUGCGCAACACAAUGGACCCAGACCACUGCCGUCCCAGUGAGUCCGCCCGUUGUAGUGCAGAACUUGCUGCCUCGAACCGCCACGGAGACUUCAAUUUCGGUCGACUCCAGCCAACCCUUCCAGCCGACCACUUACACCUAUGACGUGGUCUAUGUCGACCCGACCCAGGUCCCCAGUAGCAGUCUCGACUCCCUCAGUUAUUAUAACCGACCCACCUCCCUGUACACAGGCGCACAGUGCUAUUACACCAGCACAGAGGGUUCCUACAGCAGAAGUUCCUACGGCGGGUACUACGGUUACGACGACGACUAUAACUGGUUCCUUGACGACUACUAUAUGGGUAUCUCCCCGUUGGCCCUCACCCUUAUUCUCACCAUCGGCUGGAUUGGCCUCUUUCUGAUCCUCGGAUUUAUUGAGGCAUUUGUUCGGUUCCGCCGCCUGAUGACUGGCUGGCAAACUCGGCGCGGUCUGCCCGUCUGCUGGUCUCUCACCGUGAUUCCGAUUAGCCUCCUCCUUUUGUGUUUCUUCCGCAAGGGCUAUCGCGCCCGCUCCCAGGCGGACGCGGAGAUCUUGAAGAAGCGAUGGGAUGCUAUGGGCUUCUGGACGAAGCUGCGUCUGUUCUUUGUGUGGGGAUUGCGGUUCAAAUACCCACCAAUGCUGGGCCCGGCGCCAGCACGCGUGAAGACCAGCAAGCAGCCAGGAAAGAACCCCGGACCCCGCCUGCUGACUCCCAGUCCAUCGCAGAGUGUGGCGCCGGAUUCGCGUCAGGGAUCCACCGCUGGACGCAGUGCUGGAGAUCUGGAAAUGGCAGAAGCGUCCCCGGAGGCUUUGCAGCAUCCUUCACAGGCUGCUGUCCCGCCGUCGACCGCAUCAGGGGCACUCCCACCUCAUCAAGAUGACCAUAUUGGCAGAGCGCACUAA